UUGCUGUGCUCAAUGUGUCAACGAGCGACUAUCAAUGUCAGCUGAAAGUUACACGCUUUUCUCAACUUGCAAACGGAAGGAACGAUCACUCGAGGCACUGGGACUUUUCAAAAUGGUUUUCGUUUAUGAUGACGCGUCACGGAGAGAUUACAGAAGUGUUUUACCCACCUGACGAAGACGUUGAAGUCCUUAACAUGAAGAAGUCACUGAUAGGAACUUUGUCUGCAAGGCUUCAUGCAAGUGACCAGUCUCUUGGGAGAGGAAAGGAGUGGAAGUACAAGGUGAAUGAGACCGGAAACGCAGGAGAACAUUCAGCGACGUACAGGGUCCAACCAGCAGCUGAUGGUUUGGUAUUCCACAAAACUAAACACGGACAUGCAGUAAAAAAUGCCGAAGCUAAACAUGAGAAGGAAAUGACGUACAGUCACGGCACUGGGGUCCCCCAUAAGAUACACGUUGUCGAGGCGUUCACUGCCCCAAGGAAGGCUGUGGAUGGAUUCGAGCCUAGCGCCGGAUUGCCUGGAGACCCGGAGAAGCAUCAAAACUUGCAGGGAGAUACAUUUGAUCCACCCAUCAUGCAUGCCAACUCUACCAGUCACAUGACCUUUGUCGGAAUGAAACAUGCUGAACACGAUGUCAUCCCACCAUCAAACCUAACAAAUGGAUCACUAAUUAUCGUACCGCCACGACAACCUGACCUGCCUCCUGGAAAGUUGGAGAAGGACAUUGUUGGGAAUCUGACCUGUGUGAGGAAGCAUCGGACUGAGGAACAGGCAGCAACAAGAACCAACUGUUUUAUUCGGCUUUGCGAGCUUCUUGGCCGCCUGUCAGAAGGCGACCUUGGCGUGUUGUCCCGUCGGUUUGUCAAGGUCCGGUAUCAGAACAAGGUAGAAGAGGAAAACUGUAACAUCAUGGUAGACGCCCUGGGGAGUGUCGGGAGUGAGCCUGCACAAAGAUUGAUCACAUUCAGCGUUCUUAGAGCCAAGGGAGCUCCGGCAAAACUGGUACAGCGCAUGCUCGUAAGCUUCGUGAGCAUGGACACCCCUCCUAUUGAGGAUUUCCUUGAAGCUCUAGAGGAAGUAUGCUUCGUUAGGAAACUCGAGUAUCAAGAUAAAGAGGAUGCAUGGAUCGUGUACAACACUGCCAUGCUGACCUUGGGGGCUGUUGCGGACCGACUGAAAAAGACGGACCCCGAAAGGGCCCAAGGUCUUGUCAGGAACCUGGAGGACAACCUUGGGAUUCAUGAUCCGUGGCAUCACAGACAAAUCAGGACAGCACUGAGCACUGACGAAUUGGAUCAACAUUACCACGAGAAAGCUACUCUCCUUCAUUCACUGGGAAACGCCGAGUUUGACAGCUCGUUUGACCACCUCCUGUCUUACGUCAACAACACCGACAGUCCACCACUGCUGCGGAGAAGCGCGCUGUCUGCAAUCAGGAAAUACGAUCACCAUGAGGCCGCGAGUCUUCUCCUGGACAGCGCCCUGUUUGAUGAGGAGGAGCAUGUCCGCUAUCACGCUUCUCUUCAGUACCAAAGGCAUCCCAAAGCGCUCAACCUCCUGAAGAUAAAGCAGAACAUGGCAAAUGGGUAA